GGUAACUGCAAUCGAGCCCACCAUCGGAACAAUGUCGUUGAUUCCGCACUUCUUCGGCCGCCGCUCCGAUGCCUUCGACCCUUUCGAUAGACUUCGCCCCUUCUCCGGCCAGCUGGCGGGGUUCCCUUCUUCUGAGGCGUCUGCCAUCGCUCAUGCGCGCGUGGACUGGAGGGAGACGCCGACGGCGCACGUGUUCAAGGCGGAUGUGCCCGGGCUGAAGAAGGAGGAGGUGAAGGUGGAGAUAGAGGACGACAGGGUGCUGCAGAUUAGCGGCGAGAGGAUGGCUGAGAAGGAGGAGAGGUCGGACACGUGGCACAGGGUGGAGAGGAGCAGCGGGAGGUUCGUGCGGAGGUUCAGGCUGCCGGAGAACGCCAGGGUCGACCAGGUGAAGGCGGCCAUGGAGAACGGCGUCCUGACUGUGACUGUCCCCAAGGAGGAAGCUAAGAGGGCCGAUGUGAGGUCGAUUCAGAUCACUGGCUGAUCGAAAAUAAUCGGUUGGUUCUGUUUCCGGUUGCGUUUCGAAGUAGUAAUUCUGUUGGUUUUGUGAUCGGAGUUUGCCUAACUGUCAUCUAUGCGUCUGAGAGUCCGUCUGCUGUGUGAAUAUUUCCGAAUCAAUGGACUCCGUUUUCCUCCUUUUUCGUACUAAAA